AGCCCGGAGCACUUGCAGGGGCGGCUGGGGAGCUAGAUGGUGGGGUGGGGUGGGGACGGAGGAGGGCCAGCAGGAGACAUUCCGCAGGGAGGGGCAAGCACGUGUGAGGCGGGCGGGGCGCGAAGGGUCAGGCUUUUGCUCAAAACAGGCAGAGGACAAGGUCAGCUCAGCCGCAGACCGAGCCGCUGGUGACUGUCUCCGCCACCAGGCAGUGAGAGUGAAGGGAGAGCGCGAGCUCUGAAGCCCGCUAGACUAAGCUUGCAAUCUGAGCUCCAUUCACCCCCUCCUAUCUCUUGAGACCUUGUCAGUUCCCCUCUGAGCCUCGGACUCCUCACUUGUAAAACGAGGACAGAUGCCCGUGCCAGAAGUCAACCAGAGCUUUCCCCGGCGUGGGCACCAGCCCAAGGGCGUUUUGCUUUUCUAGUCUCAUCUCUGCUCUGACGCUAAGCUCAAAGAGGGACUGGGGGACGGAAGAUAUCCACCAUGGCAUGCGCCCUAGCUCUCGGGCUGGUGUCGGCUGCUUCCUUCUCAGAUUCCAGAGUGCCUAGAGGCCAGGAAAGGGAGAAGGUCCUGCCAGCCUGGGGUAGGGACUCGGGGGCCAAGCACUGGCGCUGACGCAGGCUAGCAGGGCGCCACUGGCUGGUCCCCACCCACCUCGGUGGGUUGGGGGAUGGGCGGACCAGCCCCUCCUGAGUGAGCCCUAGCCUGGGGCUUCCUAUUUCGGGAGCCGGGGGCGUGGGCCACGUCUCCUCAUGUGAUGCGAGGGCUAUUUAAAGCGGCAGCCCGGGCAGGGAGCCGCCGUCGGAGCCCUUGCACGCCUGCUCUCUCGUAGCUUCUCUCAGCCUAGCCCAGCAUCACUAUGGUGGACGCUUUCCUGGGCACCUGGAAGCUAGUGGACAGCAAGAAUUUCGAUGACUACAUGAAGUCACUCGGUGUGGGUUUUGCUACCAGGCAGGUGGCCAGCAUGACCAAGCCUACCACAAUCAUCGAAAAGAAUGGGGACAUUCUCACCCUAAAAACACACAGCACCUUCAAGAACACAGAGAUCAGCUUUAAGUUGGGGGUGGAGUUCGAUGAGACAACAGCAGAUGACAGGAAGGUCAAGUCCAUUGUGACACUGGAUGGAGGGAAACUUGUUCACCUGCAGAAAUGGGACGGGCAAGAGACCACACUUGUGCGGGAGCUAAUUGAUGGAAAACUCAUCCUGAUGGAAAAACUGCAACUCAGAAAUGUAAAGUGAGUCGACCAAGGCUAAAGCGGCAAAACCACUAUACUUUAUAACACAGAGUUUGGCACUAUUUCCAUUUUGUUCUCUCUCAAAGAUGAAGGCUCAGGAGGAGGGAAGAUAAAAACAAAUCACUAGAGUCCUGGCAUGCUGGAACAUGGACUCUAGCUAGCAAGAAGGGCUCAAGGAGGUGGCCUUCUCCUAGACCUCAACUUUGAUGCAAAAGCUGUUUUGCAGCCUGAACAAAGACAAUCCAAUCCUCCAGCAAAUGGCGUCAUUUUCCCUAUGUGUCUAGCCUUGAGCUACAGAACAAAAGAACAAUCACAUCCGAAGUUGUAGUUCGCCCGGUUGCGGUGGCUCAUGCCUGUGAUCCCAGCACUUUGGGAGGCCAAGGUGGGUGGAUCACCUGAGGUCGGGAGGUCGAGACUAGCCUGACCAACAUGAAGAAACCCCAUCUCUACUAAAAAUACAAAAUUAGCUGGGCGUGGUGGCACAUGCCUGUAAUCCCAGCUACUCGGGAGGCUGAGGCAGGAGAAUCGCUUGAGCGUGGGAGGCGGAGGUUUUGGUGAGCCAAGAUCGCGCCACUGCACUCCAGCCUGGGCAACAAGAGCGAAACUCUGUCUCAAAAACAAAACAAAACAAAACACGCACACACAAAAACAAAAUUAGCCGGGCGUGGUGGUGCAUGCCUGUAAUCCCAGCUACUCGGGAGGCUGAGGCAGGAGAAUUGCUUGAACCCGGAGGCAGAGGUUGGGGUGAGCCAAGAUUGUGCCAUUGCACUCCAGCCUGGGCAACAAGAUGAAAACUCCGUCUCAAAAAAAAAAAAAAAAAAAGGUUCUAGUUCAAAAGCAAAGUUGGGAGUUGGGGUGGGGGAAGACUGAGAGCCAGAAGAUGAACCAAGCUUCUGCUCUCUCAACUUCAUUCAAGUGAGAAGGGAAACAGAAGAUAAUGGGUUAAAAAAAAAAUGACAUGGAUUCAAGUAUCAGAUGGAAAUAGAAAAUUAAAAAUAAAAAAGUUUUUAAAUGGCAUAGGAGUGUGAGCCCAUGGCGCAGGUCGAGGGGGCACUGGAAAGAAGCCACUGCUCAAACAUCUCAAAGACUGCUCUCUAGGAAAAGCACAUAUCCCUUGCUAGAGCAGCUAGUCUACCCAUUUUCACUAUAGUUCUGAAACAGGAUAGCAGCAGCCCAGUGUGACAGAAAAACAAAAAUAAAAGCAAAAACUGAAAAAAGAGAA